AUGACUUGUGGGAGAUGUGAAAGCCAUAAUCCGGUAAAUCCGUGUCGAGAUGGAUUGGGACUUUACCAUGGUUAUAGAGGAGUUGGACACGUGUCCUGGAAACGUCCUAAGAAGGUCAACCGGAAUACUACCAAGGGACAACAACAAAGUUGUGUGUUCACUAAAACAACGGGUGAUACCGAUAGAUCUGACGGUUUGGGAAUUGGUAAGCGAAAGAUCGGGUGUUACAUAUUGGUUGCCGGUAUUGGAACUGGUGGCACUGUCACCGGCACUGAACGUUACCUAAAAAUGAUGAACACCAACAUAAAGGUGGUUGGUGUGGAACCUGCUGACAGAAGUAUAAUCUCAGGAGACAAUCCAGGUUUCAUGCCAAACAUUUUGGAUAUCAAACUGCUCGACGAAGUUAUCAAGGUAAUGGUGGGUUUACAAUUUGAACCAUUUAUUGAAGAUUUGACCUCUCUUGUUAAAUCUGGGGAAGUACCAAUAAGCAGAAUUGAUGAUGCUGUUGAGCGAAUUUUGAGAGUGAAGUUUGCCGCUGGUCUUUUUGAAUUUCCUUUUAGUGACAGAUCUUUGCUAGAUAUGGUUGGAUGCAAGCAACAUAGAGAUCUAGCACGCGAAGCAGUUCGAAAGUCCUUGGUUCUGUUGAAAAAUGGAAAAGAUAUUAGCAAACCCUUUCUUCCAUUAGAUAGGAAAGCAAAGAGAAUCCUUGUUGCUGGGACUUAUGCCGAUGAUCUUGGAUUUCAGUAUGGAGGUUGGACCAAAACUUGAUAUGGAUGUAGUGGGAGUAGUACCAUUGAUUUUCUAAUUUUGUAGAUCUAAAUGCCACAAGAACUUCAAAAUGAAGAGGAAUCCUCGGAAAGUAAAAUGGACCAAGGCGUAUAGGCGAGUGCAUAGAAAGGAUAUGACUCAGGAUUCAACCUUUGAGUUUGAGAGAAAGCAAAACAGGCCAGAGAGAUAUGACAGGAAUCUUGCGGAGAACGUCCUCAAGGCCAUUCCAAAGAUUGAAAAGAUCAGAUUCACCAGGGAGGAGAGGCACCAUAAGAAUAGAAUGAAGGGCAAGAAAGAAAAGAUACAAAAGGAGGCAGCAAAGGAGUUGGAGCAGGGCAUCAGGUUGGUCAAAUCUCCUUUGGCCCUUCAGAAGGACCCAUCUCUUACAUUACCACAAAAGAUCAAAGUCUCUGUUUCCCAACGGCAAUCAGAGGACAACAAUGCGAUGGAGCAGUGAUGUCAAUGCUGCACUCUGUGUGUGUGUGUGUUUCA